AUGCUUAGAUUUAAAAACAAGUUCAGAUUCGGCUCCUCCGAAAAGGAGACCACGCCGCAGUCCUCCACCUCGCCUCGCAACUCCUCAGAGUCUCGGUCCACUUUGGUCCAAAACUCGUCUGUCCCCGACAUGCUGAAAUUGACCCUUUCAGACGCAUCAAGAGAGACUCCAUCCCCAUCGCUGCAUGUUUCAGGAAAGCCAAGAGACCCUCUGACCGAACCCUCCGUGUCAAGCUCUUCUCUGCAUCAGGGACAGGCUGUGGCUUCGAAUCCGGGGUUGCUUACUGUCAAAUGUUAUCGGUCUCAGAACGUUGAACUUCCUAUCAGAAUUGUCAACAACAAACAGAUUUUGCAUGCCUUGGCUUCGAAUACAAACGACUCCAACACCGGAUCUACUCUCUCGAAGAGACUCAAUGAUCUUAUUCAGAAAGAGCAGGCUGGGUCCAGUACCUCGGACCUUAUCGAUGGCCCUGCUGCCGCGUCAUACUUACCUUCCAACAUCAACAUUCCUAAUGCCACCGGUGAACGUGUCACCAAGGCUCUAUUGUACAUGACAAUGGAAUUUGAUAAUAACGUGCUCAUGAUUGAACCCAGAGGUGGUACUGUCGACAGUUCCCAAUGGGAUAGAGUGGUGUCUUUCGAUGUAACCAAAACAGCGGGUAGCGGCGCAACGGGUUCAAACUUCCUCAACAUCAGUUUAUUUAUUCGUUUACCUAGAAACUUGAUUCCAGAACAAGAGAAGGGAUCGAAAAAGCAGUUUUUUGCCAAAGAUGGCUCAAACAUUGGCGACUUGCUUGUCGGCCAAAUCAAAUUGCCCUUGAACUUGCGCUGUCAUAACAAAACUAUCCGUUUGAUUGACCACGAAAACCUCAAAUUCAAGAAGAGCUUCGAACUGGUUGCGGAUGACUUGGCAAUUGGUGAGAUUAAUGUUAGCAUUGACUUCAAGCCACUUCUCAAGAACCAUCUAUCAAUCGAAGAUUUCGACUUGCUCAAGGUCAUCGGUAAGGGAUCUUUUGGUAAAGUCAUGCAAGUUAUGAAGAAAGAUACUAGACAGAUUUAUGCUUUGAAAACUCUCAGAAAGCAGCAUAUCAUCUCUAGAAUGGAAGUGACGCAUACCCUCGCAGAGAGGACGGUGUUGGCCCGGAUAACCAAUCCUUUCAUUGUACCACUUAAAUUUUCCUUCCAGUCUCCAGAGAAGCUUUACCUUGUGUUAUCUUUCAUCAAUGGUGGUGAGUUGUUCUACCACUUACAGAAGUCUGGAAAGUUUUCUAUGAACAGAUCUAGGUUCUACAUCGCUGAGCUUCUUACUGCUUUGGAAAGUUUGCACAACCUCAAUGUUAUUUACAGAGAUUUGAAGCCUGAGAACAUCUUACUUGAUUACCAAGGCCACAUCGCCUUGUGUGAUUUCGGAUUGUGUAAACUCAACAUGUCCAAUGAGGACAAGACAAACACUUUCUGCGGCACCCCUGAAUACUUGGCUCCUGAGCUUCUUUUAAACCAGGGAUACACCCGUAGUGUCGAUUGGUGGACUCUUGGAACCUUGUUGUACGAGAUGUUGACCGGCUUACCACCAUUCUACGAUGAUGAUGUGCCUACCAUGUACAAGAAGAUUAUGCAAAACGAAUUGAAAUUCCCUAGCUUCCUUGAGGAGACCGAAGCCAAGGAUUUAUUGACAAGGCUUCUACAGAAAGAUCCAGCGAACAGAAUGGAUGACGCCCAGGAAAUCAAAAAUCAUCCUUUCUUCCAAGACAUCGACUGGAAUAAGUUAUUAGACAAGGCUUAUUUGCCUCCAUUCAAGCCACAAGUGGAGAGCUUAUUAGACACGUCCAACUUUGACCACAGUUUCACCAAUGAGCGUCCUCAAGACUCUGUCGUUGAUGACUUCUUGAGUGAAUCUGUACAGAAGCAGUUUGGUGGUUGGACUUACAACGGAGAUACGGUGUUCUAA